AGUAUUGCGUGCUCGGCGAAGACUCCCGGUUGGAGUUAGCAGGCAUGGAGUGCGGGGCAGAAGAAGUCGAUGAUCCAUGUACUCCAACUGUUUCUGGUUUGCCGACACCGGCCAUGCUGAGGUUAUAUUGUUAUCUGAUCUCGAGCUAUUAUUAGUCCUUUUCAAUCUACAAGACAUCAACAAUGGCAGACGAAUCAUCCAUCUCUACGCCCCAGGACGCCCUCGCCUUCGCCUAUCUAUACAGCUUCCCGCUCUAUGCCUACGCCCUUUACGUCAAAGCCUUCUCCAACCCCCAAGUCAACAUCGCGUACCCAUUCAGGGACCUAGCAACCCCAGAAGACCGUGCAGUCGUCCGGCCAAAUGUCGAUACGCUCUACACCCCGCUCUUCUACGACUUGUCACAGGGGGACUUGGAGUUCGUGAUUCCCGAGUUCGACGAUAGAUACUGGCUGUGGCCAUGGUAUGAUCUCUAUGGGAAUAAUUUUGGGAAUGUUGGGAGUCUCCAGGGUUUCAAGGCAGGGAAGUACUUACUCAGAUACACGGAUGAUAACUUCGGUGUUCAGACUGAGGAUGUCGAGGAUGCGUAUCUUGCAUAUGUAAACUCGCCUACACCUUACGGAAUGCUGCUCAACCGCAUCCUCGUCAAGUCCCGAACCCCAGAGGAUCUCUCAAAAGUGCACGCCUUCCAGGAUCUCAUGACUUUCACACCCAAGCCACGGAAACACAACACCACCGCCUCGAUUCCUCCAUUCAAUCUCAACAUCCUCACCAACCCUCCUCCACCCGCUUCCUCCGCCCCAGCAGAAGAAAGAGCCCUCUACAUCCUCAAUUUAACCGCCCGCCUGACCCCCCACAACCCAUCAUACGUCCUCAAAGACCGCCCCUGGAUCUCUUCAGCCCUUUCAACCGCCGGAAUCCACAAUGGAACAUUCACCCAACCACCCAACACCUCCCUACCCCACGCCGUCGAGACAGCCAACACCCUCGCCUCAACCUCACGAAGCGCGCCAGGUCUCUCAGAACCCCUAGGAAACAACUGGACGCAGCCCGCGGCAUCUAUAUCCGGAGACUUCAAAUCCAACUACGCCGCGCGCAUGUUCUCCGCACAGCGCGGGUACCUGAUCCUCUCGCGCGACCAAGCCGCGUACCCCGGCUACACAAUUCCCGGGUCCGUGAGCGGAUCAGACCGGUUCAAUGUUUCGAAGACCGAGAGCUACAUACUUACGUUCUCUUCUGGGCCGCCGAGGUUGAAGAAGAGUGGGUUCUGGAGUCUGACUAUUUACGGGGAGGAUCAGUAUCUUAUCCCCAAUGGGUUGGGGAGGUAUAACUUGGGGGAUAGGAGUGGGCUUGUUGAUGGGGAUGGGAAGCCGGUGCAGCAGACUGGUGGAGAGGCGGAGUUCAGGAUUUUGAUUCAGGCGGCGGAUGUAACGCCGCCGGCGGAGUGGGUUGGGAAUUGGUUGCCUGGUCCGGCUGGGGGUGGGACGUUCAUGAUCAGUAUGCGGUUUUAUGGGGCCGAGGAGGUUAUGUUUGAUGGAGGGUGGGAGUAUCCGACAGUGAGGAAAGUUGGGGCUUUGGGAGAGUAACUAUACUACUAAUGCCAUAAUACUCGACAGAUAUAGCUACUCUCAAUUCUAUCCAACUAGUAUACUCACCGAACCCAAGGCACUCCCAACUCCACAACCACAGCACAUACCGGAAACUCGGCAGUCCCUCAAUGACAGCCAGCC